AAUAAUCAGUGUGUAUUUACGCAUUGCAUCUCUAAUCACACCACUACACCAGCGUACCGAAAAAAAAAAGGCAAAGGGGAGCCUGUCUGACCGAGGACGAAAGAGGCGCAGGCGCACAUCCUCCCCCUCCCUUGCCGUCCUCCCCCUCCCCUUGCUGGCCGUCGCCUGCUGCUGCUGUCGCAGGCGCGCCAGCGCCACCGACCCGCCGAUGAGCGUCUAGCUAGGCAUCAUCUCCGCGACGAGUCGACCCACCACCCACCCACCCACUGGCUUGCCUGCGAACCACCCCUGCGCCGAUCCACCUCCGCUGCCUGUCUGCCUGCUUCUACAUAUAAUCGCGCCGGCCUCCGCCUCGUCGCCUGCGACCCCCACCACAGAACCCUCCCCCUCACCUCCGCUAUCCUCCUCCCCGGCCGCUCCCCGACAGACUCCGAUGGCCAUCGUCGAGACUGCCGCUGCCGCUGCGGCUGCCGCUGCCGCUGCCGACCACACCGCGCCACCGCGCGAGGAGGAGGCGCCGGGCGCCGCCGCCGACGCCGGGGAGCGCGAAAUGCGGGAUCUGGAGGACCUCCUCUCCAAGCUCAACCCCAUGGCCGAGGAGUUCGUCCCUCCCUCCCUCGCCUCCCCCAUCUCCGGCGCCGGGGCCGGGCACGGGGCCCUCACGCCCGCGCCGCUCUCCCCAGCCGCCUACGGCUUCUACCCGGUCAACGCCGGCUUCGCGGUCGCCUCGCCGGGCCACCGCGGCGUCGUCAGCUUCCCGGCGGUCGCCGACGCCCACGCCGGACGCGGCAUGAAGAAGGACGGAGCCGGAGGGUUCGGCGGCCACGGCCACGGCCACCCCGGCAGGCGGCGGACCAACAGCCGCACCAGCAUGGCGCAGCGGGACGAGGCCAUCCGCCGCACCGUCUACGUCUCCGACAUCGAUCACCAGGUUACUGAAGAAAACCUCGCAGCACUAUUUAUAAAUUGCGGACAGGUUGUGGACUGUCGCAUGUGUGGGGACCCAAAUUCAGUCCUUAGGUUUGCUUUCAUAGAGUUCACUGAUGAGGAGGGUGCAAGAGCUGCUCUGAAUCUGUCAGGAACCGUGCUUGGAUAUUAUCCUGUCAAGGUUCUGCCGUCAAAAACUGCCAUUGCACCAGUCAACGAAACAUUCCUACCCAGGUCUGACGAUGAACGUGAAAUGUGUGCAAGGACUAUCUACUGCACAAACAUUGACAAGAAGGUCACUCAAGCAGAUCUAAAAUUAUUCUUUGAGUCCAUAUGUGGUGAGGUUGGUCGUUCUUUACUCCAAACACAAUCUCCCUUCUGUACAGCUAAAGGUCUUUCGGCUGAGGUUGCUUGGCGACUACCAUCAUUCUACCCGCAUCGCUUUUGUGGAAUUCGUGAUGGCAGAAAGUGCUACUGCUGCUCUCAACUGUAGCGGUGUGGUACUGGGAUCCUUGCCAAUAAGGGUGAGCCCGUCCAAGACGCCCGUGCGUCCCCGCGUCCCUCGCCACCUGAUGUCGUACUAGGUAUACAUACAUGAGGUGCUGACGAUGCCACUGCUCAUAUAUAAGUAAUAGAGAUAGACAUGUAUGAAAAGGGUCUUUUGUUUUUAAGUUGUGGGCUCGGCCUUUUUUUCUCUCUCCUUGAUUCACCGUUGGUCGAGGCUGUUCUUUUUUUUACCUUGCACAUAGAGGAGAGCUUCUUACUAAGAAGGAAGAAUGAAGAAGGAAGCGCGUGGGGGUUUUUUUUUUUACCUUGAUGCUUUUUUAACCUGUGUUCAGUUGAUUGGCUGCGUCUGGUUGCUACUCAACAAACAAGAACACAAGCUAAAACUUGGUGAUCGGAGACUACCUUUUGCUUGCUUCGAUGCUAUAUUUCCUUAA